CAUGCCAAAAGAGAGGAACAUGAAAUAUAUUUUUUUCAGGAGAAAGGAAUACAAGUACUUAACUUUGCAGUUUGAAUGAUUGUAGACUUGUCAAAUUAAUCUAGCUGAUACGAGAGUGUGGCGCAAAGUCAAUACCAGAACUCUAUAUAUAAAAGGGUGAUCAAAAAUAGAUCGACAGUAAGACUUUGGAUUCGAUCUAUUAAACAAGAUGGUGCAGUUGAGAAAAAUGGCUUUAAGCAUCGCCAUGAUUGUCUUUCUUGUAAUACAGAAGCCUGUGGCCGGCUUCUUCAAUGAACGAACACACAUCGUACUAUGGACAUCCCUUCCUGGCAUAUCUGUACCUUACAGAAUCUGGUCUUCUAUACAAAGGUUCUCAGUUAAUGACAAUGUUGUUUUUGUGUUCCCACAGGGAUUACACACAGCAGCUGAGGUAACAAAAGAAGGGUACGAUAAUUGCAAUUUAACAGAGAUUAUAUCAAUCGAAGCAGCCAGUCCCGCAACCUUUAAUCUUGAAUCAGUUGGCACACACUAUUACAUAUGCACUGUUGCUGGACACUGUCGAAUGGGACAGAAAGUGGCUAUUACUGUCCCUGACACAGCACCUAAACAAUUGGCUACUCCAGCUCCCGUCUCCUCCUCCGGCAAAGAUAUGUCUGAUGAUGCAGUUACUACACAUAUUGUUGGAGAUGAAUUUGGAUGGUCUCCAUCUUCUGGUGGUGCCUCUGAUUAUAAAGCUUGGGCUUCCAACAGGAUCUUUCUUGUUGGGGACGUUUUAGUAUUUAAGUUCGUGAACAAGCUCCAGGACGUGGCCUUGGUGCCCAAGUCAGCAUAUGAAAAUUGCGACACCAAGAAGUCUGCAAUUGCGGUGUAUAAAACAAGUCCUGCCACGGUGAUCCUCAACUCCGCUGGCUACCAUUAUUUCACCACCACAAAUCCACUUAUGUGCGAUUUUGGGCAACAGCUUGUUGUAAAUGUCAGGGGUCGCUAGCAGCAGCAGCGACAGUACAGGGUUGAGCCCUGGGAUUUGACGGCGGACUUAAAAAGCCACCUACAGACCUUUACGCCCAAUAAUUCCGGAUAAUGCUUGCAUCCUCUGUAUAGCUCUAGCAACCUGGCAGAGUCAUUUAACUGUCAGGGGUUACGGUUUGUUUCUUGUAUUUGUUCUGCUUCAAUGUUUCUUUCUUCGUUCAUUAAUUCAAGUCUUCAAAGACUGUAAAUGCUAAUGUGUGUGAUUCCUUUGAAUAAAUCAACCAAUUUAUUACGGAA